AAGCAACAUACAAUAAGUGCAUUUCAACCUUAACUGAACAGGACAAGUGAAAUACCAACAUCUUAAGUUAUAUUUCAUUUAAGUCACAUUUCAAUUACACAAAGAAAUCUAUUCAUCAGUAAAUAAAGUCGUAACACCACUUGGCCACACGUGGGCGCUGUUCCGCGGUUUAUCCGCUGGUUUUUCAGUCGUUGCGCGUCUGCAGGCGAUCAGUCUGGAGACAGUUCGUUGCUGUGAGCCUCAUUUUGUUCCGGAUUUCAGAGAGAGACCUUGAAUAUCACACCACAUCCCUCCUUCUGCAUUGCACCACCCGGCAGUUUCAGGAAAACUGUGAAGACAUUAACUAUCCAUUCCUAGUUUUGUGGGAGGACUAGUGGAGGAAAACAAAGUUUGUGUGUGUGUGUGUGUGUGUGUGUGUGUGUGUGUAUUGUGUGCGCGCGCGUGUGUGUGUGUGUGUGUGUGCGUGUGUGCAUUGCUCCACUGCAGCAGCAUGUUGCCGCCCGUGAAGAAGGACCGGGUCAUUACUCAGCUCCCAAUGUGUUUCAGUCCGAAUGCAGCGCUGCACGUCAAAGAUGGCUUCCACCCACAGGUGAAGGCCGCAUGCCAGCUACAGAAGACGGACACGGUGAGCUUUAAUCUUGCAAAGGUCAUCGUGGUGGGAGAUGUUGCGGUUGGGAAAACGUGUCUGAUCAGCAGGUUUCGUAAGGGUGCGUUUGAAAAGAACUACAAAGCAACCAUCGGGGUGGAUUUUGAGAUGGAGCGCUUCGAGGUGCUUGGUGUUCCGUACAGUUUACAACUGUGGGACACCGCCGGUCAGGAGCGCUUCAAAUGCAUCGCUUCAACGUACUACAGGGGAGCACAAGCCAUCAUCGUGGUGUUUGACCUGAGCAGCGUGAGCUCGCUGGCGCAUGCCAGGCAGUGGCUGGAGGACGCCAUGAGGGAGAACGACCCGUCCAGUGUUUUACUGUUCCUCGUCGGUACCAAGAAAGACCUCAGUUCUCCCGAUCAGUUGGUCCAGAUUGAGCAGGAAGCCAUCAGACUCUCUGAGGAAAUCAAAGCAGAGUACUGGGCAGUUUCUGCCAAGUCAGGAGACGGCGUCAGGGAUUUCUUCUUCCGCGUGGCCUCUCUGACAUUUGAGGCAAACGUUUUGUCCGAGAUCGAGAAAAGUGGCACGAGGCACAUCGGUGACAUUAUCAGACUCACGGACAGCACAGAAGCCGAUUGCCAACCGACCAAGAGGAAGUCCAACUGCUGCUGAGGAGAGAACGGCCGCUCGGACACACGGUCCCGUCCACACAGCCGCAAUGAAUUACACUCAGCACGCCCAUUGUGGACGUCCUGAAUCGUCGGAGCCGGACCAAUAAAGCACCAUGAGCCUGUUGUAAACGAUAAUUUCUUGACAUUUUAGUAAACGGCCCAAGCUUCCAUUAACACUGUCUGUGGCAGCGUUUCUCUCCCACAUCGGAGAACAUGUCAGCGACACACUUGUGCGUUGUUCUUUUGUUUUGUUUCCUCGUUGCUCUUCGUCACGCUGCUGAUGAGGAGCAUGCGCUGGCUCCCAUGACCGCGGUAAAUACCCACGACGCGCCCCUCUUCUCGGGAUAGAACCGCUCCCAUGAUCUGGAGAAAGGAGGGAUUGUUUCCAAGGACUGAAAAAAACAAACCAGGAAGUCACAUCUGGGACUAAUAGAUUUGUCCUCACUCGGUUAAGUCAGACAGAAGGAAGACGUCCUCACAACUCUGCAUGUGUCCUCUAUUAAACACACACAAAAAAUUGUUAAUAAAUUGCUUUCUAUCACCG